AUGAUCCUCACAGUGCUUCCAGGCUUCUCCAGAAAUGUGUCAUUGUCCUCAGGCAGAGAAUCACAGUCAUUGACAGUAGAGGGACAACUGAAGAUCAGCCAUGAAGCUGUUUCCACUUCAUCCUGUUAUUUGGUCCAGUUUGUUGGUUUUGUGGUUCUCACAAUGUGAAUCUGAGGGCCACACUUUGAAUGCCUGUCAAGAGAAAAUGGAUGACCAGUACGAGUUGGCUAUGGUUCUCAUACGGACUUCAGCUCAGCAGGAUUCCUAUGAAGACCUUACAGAUAUAAAGGAGAAGUUUAUCUGCCUCCUCUACCCGACAAAUGAGCUCAACUGCUCCUGGUCAUUCAACACUUUAGAGAAGGAUGCUCAGCUCUCUGUGUUUAUCAGCGUUUGUGAUGAUGAAAUACUGGUUAAGUCACUAAAUUAUACUUCUGUGGAAAGAGCUGGAUCAGCGUCUUUGAUUCUCAGCAAUAAUAUGACAGAAGUUAUCCUUCAUUUGAACAAGUCCAUGCAGAACAAGUGGACGUCUUACACCUACGUGUAUGACAUGGACAUGCUGGAGCUCCUUUCUCCACCUCCAAACAUCUAUGCUUCAGUCAAAGAUGGAGCCCUGGUUGUAUCAUGGGGUCUGCCUUUCACCAGAGAAGUCAUUAACCCUUAUUGUUUUGAGUACCAGCUGGACAAAGGUGAUCAGGAACAACCAAUGUACUUGAUCGCCCAGCAGUCUUACAGAGAGCCAGUUUCAGAUGCCACACGCACCUACAAACUGAGAAUGAGGACACGAAUAACAAACACCUGCUCUGGAUCAUCUCAGUGGAGUGAAUGGAGUGAUACUGUUGGUGUCGUCGUGCACAACGGUUCAACCGAUGGCUGGUGAUCCAGUGUCAGCGACUGGUUGAAGGGCUGGUGUCUGGAAGCCUUAGUAAAUGUUAUUAUUUUUGAAACUUUUGUUUCCUGGUCAUAGGAAUUGACAAAAAGAGAUAUUUUCUUUAACCCUUUCACACACAGUGGCCCAUACAGCGGACAGCUAUUCAAAGGCUGUUUUCUUGUAUUUGUGUCAGUGUUGAUGGUAUAAUUGCACAUAAACACAACACACAGUGUAUAUUAUUUAUUCGUUUUUCAAAUUCAUAAGUCAAAAUGUAUGUUGUCCACCUAAGUGGACAUGUAAAAAACUCUUUGAAAAGUACAUGUUUAAAAAAAUGAAGUUCAAAAAUCUUCUUUUCAUGCCUAAAGAUGAAUAAAAAUACUUC